ACAAGAAGCCCAGGUGCUGAACAUUAAGAUAUCUUUUAAAAACUCUGGUUAAGGCAGGCCUCUGUGAGCAGAUUGAUGAUUUGAGUUGAAACAGCCACAAUGGAUGGCUUUAAGCUUGUGUUUUGGUUGUUGUGGUGUCACCAGUUUUUACUCAAAGGGCAAACUUCUCCUGUAAGAGAUAAAGCUUACCAGAUUGAUGUUAAGCAAGACCUUCUGGGGAGUCAAGGUAACCAAAUGCCCAUUCCUGAUCAAGUGAACAACCAAAAUACAAGACCAGUGAUCGCAAAGUGCAACAUGGCUAUUCUGCUGUCUAUAAAGAAUGCAUCAGGGCUAGUUAUCCAAAAAGGUAUUGAAGGGUCAGUGUUGGCAGGCAACCCUGGCCAUCACGACCCUCAGCCCCAGCCGGAGGGUCCCAGCCCUGGCCAGCCCCAGCCGGAGGGUCCCAGCCCUGGCCAGCCCCAGCCAGGGGUUCCCAGCCCUGGCCAGCCCCAGCCGGGGGUUCCCAGACCUGGCCUCCCAGAGUCCUUUACUCGUCCCCAGCCAGAGGGUCCCAGCCCUGGCCACCCGGAGUCCUAUACUCGUCCCCAGCCGGAGGGUCCCAGCCCUGGUCACCCAGAGUCCUAUACUCGUCCCCAGCCGGAAGGUCCCAGCCCUGGUCACCCAGAGUCCUUUACUCGUCCCCAGCCGGAAGGUCCCAGCCCUGGCCACCCAGAGUCCUAUACACGUCCCCACCCGGAGGGUCCCAGCCCUGGCCACCCGGAGUCCUAUACUCGUCCCCAGCCAGAGCCAAAGCCGGGUAGUCCUAGCCCUGGUCACCCAGAGUCCUAUACUCGUCCCCAGCCGGAAGGUCCCAGCCCUGGCCACCCAGAGUCCUAUACUCGUCCCCAUCCGGAGGGUCCCAGCCCUGGCCACCCGGAGUCCUAUACACGUCCCCACCCGGAGGGUCCCAGCCCUGGCCACCCAGAGCCAAAGCCGGGUAGUCCCAGCCCUGGUCACCCAGAGUCCUUUACUCGUCCCCAGCCGGAAGGUCCCAGUCCUGGCAACCCAGAGUCCUUUACUCGUCCCCAGCCGGAGGGUCCCAGCCCUGGCCACCCGGAGUCCUAUACUCGUCCCCAGCCAGAGCCAAAGCCGGGUAGUCCCAGCCCUGGUCACCCAGAGUCCUAUACUCGUCCCCAACCGGAGGGUCCCAGCCCUGGCCACCCAGAGUCCUAUACUCGUCCCCAUCCGCAGGGUCCCAGUCCUGGCCACCCAGAGUCCUUUACUCGUCCCCAGCCGGAGGGUCCCAGCCCUGGCCACCCAGAGCCAAAGCCGGAAGGUCCCAGCCCUGGCCACCCAGAGUCCUUUACUCGUCCCCAGCCGGAAGGUCCCAGUCCUGGCCACCCAGAGUCCUUUACUCGUCCCCAGCCGGAAGGUCCCAGUCCUGGCCACCCAGAGUCCUUUACUCGUCCCCAGCCGGAAGGUCCCAGUCCUGGCCACCCAGAGUCCUUUACUCGUCCCCAGCCGGAAGGUCCCAGCCCUGGCCACCCAGAGCCAAAGCCGGAAGGUCCCAGCCCUGGCCACCCAGAGUCCUUUACUCGUCCCCAGCCGGAAGGUCCCAGUCCUGGCCACCCAGAGUCCUUUACUCGUCCCCAGCCGGAAGGUCCCAGUCCUGGCCACCCAGAGUCCUUUACUCGUCCCCAGCCGGAAGGUCCCAGUCCUGGCCACCCAGAGUCCUUUACUCGUCCCCAGCCGGAAGGUCCCAGUCCUGGCCACCCAGAGUCCUUUACUCGUCCCCAGCCGGAAGGUCCCAGCCCUGGCCACCCGGAGUCCUAUACUCGUCCCCAGACGGAAGGUCCCAGCCCUGGCCACCCAGAGCCAAAGCCGGGUAGUCCCAGCCCUGGUCACCCAGAGUCCUUUACUCGUCCCCAGCCGGAAGGUCCCAGUCCUGGCCACCCAGAGUCCUUUACUCGUCCCCAGCCGGAGGGUCCCAGCCCUGGCCACCCAGAGCCAAAGCCGGAAGGUCCCAGCCCUGGCCACCCAGAGUCCUUUACUCGUCCCCAGCCGGAAGGUCCCAGCCCUGGCCACCCAGAGUCCUUUACUCGUCCCCAGCCGGAAGGUCCCAGCCCUGGCCACCCAGAGUCCUUUACUCGUCCCCAGCCGGAAGGUCCCAGUCCUGGCCACCCAGAGUCCUAUACUCGUCCCCACCCGGAGGGUCCCAGCCCUGGCCACCCAGAGCCAAAGCCGGGUAGUCCCAGCCCUGGUCACCCAGAGUCCUUUACUCGUCCCCAGCCGGAAGGUCCCAGCCCUGGUCACCCAGAGUCCUUUACUCGUCCCCAGCCGGAAGGUCCCAGCCCUGGUCACCCAGAGUCCUUUACUCGUCCCCAGCCGGGUAGUCCCAGCCCUGGCCACCCAGAGUCCUUUACUCGUCCCCAGCCGGAAGGUCCCAGCCCUGGUCACCCAGAGUCCUUUACUCGUCCCCAGCCGGAAGGUCCCAGCCCUGGCCACCCAGAGUCCUUUACUCGUCCCCAGCCGGGUAGUCCCAGCCCUGGCCACCCAGAGUCCUUUACUCGUCCCCAGCCGGAAGGUCCCAGCCCUGGCCACCCAGAGUCCUUUACUCAUCCCCAGCCGGAAGGUCCCAGCCCUGGCCACCCAGAGUCCUUUACUCGUCCCCAGCCGGAAGGUCCCAGUCCUGGCCACCCAGAGUCCUAUACUCGUCCCCAGACUGAAGGUCCCAGCCCUGGCCCCUCAGAGUCCUAUACACGUCCCCACCCGGAGGGUCCCAGCCCUGGCCACCCAGAGCCAAAGCCGGGUAGUCCCAGCCCUGGUCACCCAGAGUCCUUUACUCGUCCCCAGCCGGAAGGUCCCAGCCCUGGCCACCCAGAGUCCUUUACUCGUCCCCAGCCGGGUAGUCCCAGCCCUGGCCACCCAGAGUCCUUUACUCGUCCCCAGCCGGUUGGUCCCAGCCCUGGCCACCCAGAGUCCUUUACUCGUCCCCAGCCGGAAGGUCCCAGUCCUGGCCACCCAGAGUCCUUUACUCGUCCCCAGCUGGAAGGUCACAGUCCUGGCCACCCAGAGUCCUUUACUCGUCCCCAGCCAGAGGGUCCCAGCCCUGGCCACCCAGAGCCAAAGCCGGAAGGUCCCAGCCCUGGCCACCCAGAGUCCUAUACACGUCCCCACCCGGAGGGUCCCAGCCCUGGCCACCCCAAACCCCUGACGGAGGGUCCCAGUCCUGGCCACGCAGAGCCUCAUCCCCAGCCGGAGGGACCCAGACCUGGCCCUCCAGAGCCCCAUCCUCAUCCCCAGCCAGAGGGGCCCAAACCUGGCCCUCCAGAGCCUCAUCCCCAGCCGGAGGGGCCCAAACCUGGCCAUUCUGAGCCCCAUCCCCAGCCAGAGGGGCCCAAACCUGGCCACUCUGAGCCUUAUCCGCGUCCUCAUCCGGAAGGGCCCAAACCUGGCCAGCCUGAGCCUCAUCCCAGCUCACACAAUUCCAACCAUGAGCCUAAAGAUCAUGAUUCCAAGCAGCGGCCUGUUGUCACCUGCUUAUUAUCACCACAAUGUGCUUUUGCUGUUAAGUCACUUCUUGAAUCUAUUCACUAAAUCUGCUGUUUUUAUACCCAUGUGGCUUUUACAGUUUACCCAAAUAAAAACCAGUUUUCUCUG